AUCCUGACCCACCGCACAGACGCAUCAGUGUUGUAUAACACCCGACUUGCAUCCAUUUGCAUUUAAAUGGUAAUUGAUUGCACCUGAUUGAAACCUGAAAGUAUUACGAAUCUCAGAGCAUACUAUGACGUCGAAAGAUGCAUCCGACUUGGCCCCCGCCAACAUGUCAUCGGCAGUACAGUUUGAUCUCAACAAGGACUUCCAUACGCGCACCCACCAACAGGAAUUGGAUAAGUCUUUCAUUGGAUACGAGCGUCGUCCGUGGGUGAAGCCGAAUCUCCGGAGGGAUCCGCGACGUGACCGUGAAAUUCUAAACGCACUGAUGGCACAAUCGGCAGAGACAGGACAUGUCACCAACUGUGUGGAUAAGUUGAUUGAUGAGAACAUCAGCUGCAGGGACCUGGCGUCGCUUUCCAACGAAGACCUGGAGCUCUUUGGCUUCAAGUAUUCGAAACAGCGACAAGAACUCCUCGAGAUGUUCGCCAAAAUGCCCAACCAAGAUCCCAGCUAUGAGCACCUUUGUAAUGAGCCCAUUGCAAGCACCUAUAACAACAAAAUAAUAGAAAAUGCCGGCGGUCAUUUUAUGUCCAUGCGAGCCUCGCUGGCUGCCACGAACUACAAGCUGCAAGUGAUGCCGCCAGAUGAUGUGGUGGUCGGCGACAAGAGUUAUGCUAGCAGCUUCGCUUUGGACACACUCAAGAGCGUUAAGAAGAUUACGGAUGAGAUAGCCAAGGACCUGCGCCAAAUUGAGGACAAUGCCCGGAUCCAUUGGAAGAAGCAAGAUGCUGAAGCUGAAUCUACCAAAAAGAAAAAGUUCAGCAUUGCUACUAUAAUGUACUAUACUGCCCUUGCUGUGGGAUUUUCGUGCACCUGGUUCUGGUGGUGGACCAAGUUUCACAGCGCUCCCCGCCUGGAGAGGAUCUCAAUUCAGACAUAAGCACAAAGCCAACAAAGCAUUUAGAACACAUUCAGCAUUCCUAUAGGUUUAAGGAGCUACAUUAUUUGAGUUUUAUAUUAUUUUGUUAAGCCCAUUUAACCGCUCCAACACAGUUUACUGCCCAAAAUAAGCUAUAAUAUUAUAAGAUGUAAUGAAGUUUUCUGCCCAAUAUAAGAAAUGUAUUAAUGUUA